CUGAGCUCUGCUUUUCAAAUGAGUUACAGCUUCCUCUGUGGGAUACUUCCCCCAUCCUGACGUCAUCCUGGAUGUGUGAUUUUUCCUCCCCAUCCCAGCCCCAAACUGACGCAUUCACAUAUCAACUCUUCAGAGGCAACAUGAGGCUCAGUUGUAUGUACACUCAACACACACACAUCCACGCAUGAACACCCUCAGUAUGCUGCCUGAGCCUCUCCCCCCACAGUGAUGCCUGCCGUCAGCCCUCCUGCUUCCCUCCUCUGUGUGCUGCUGUGUGUGUCUGUAGCUCUGCAGCGCUCUGACAUGCGCCUGGCUUACGUGACCCACAACAGCUUCUCCUACUACUCAUGUAGCCAAGACCCGCAGCCUUGCAGCAUCUCAUCCCUCACAGACUGCAGAUGCAAAGACCGGCCACACUCCCACUCAUCGCCUGUUUUCAGGAUGACAAAGUUAACAGUUUGGUUCACGUCGCCUUCAAACACCGCACGUCUGCUCAACAACUCAGAGGUGAAGCACCUUACCCUGAUCCACUGUGGGGUUGGAGGGUCCAGAGAGGCUUUUUCCUUAGAGGGGCAUUUCACUGUGCAGCGCCUGGAGAGGCUGACGGUGGUGAACCUGCUGCAGAGGCCGGAUCAAAACUUUCCAGAUGCAAACAAAGCCAAAAGCACAGACUCAAACAGUGACCCAGAGGGAGAUAAUAGUGCUCACCUGGACAUUAAUAGAUACAACAAGGACACAGACACAAACCUGGAUCUGAUUUUGGAUAUGAAGAGAGAUUACUCAGCGUUUUCCUCGCCACAGAUUCAGGAUCUAUUCCUGGGCAGGGAGCUGGGAGCAGCGUAUCACGAACAGGUCAGACUGGGAGUUAUCGACAGCUCUGUGCUGGAGUGGGGAGCAGCGGUCAAAGCCUACACCGUUCAGACUCACAUCAACAAGGAUGGCAUGCUGCCCUUCCCAGACCUCCAAAUGCCAAAACUACCAGAGGCAUCCGUCAUAUAUGUCAGUUUUGUGUACUGACACAAAAUCACUUUUAAAAUGACAACAGAAAGAGGACUAAGUGUUCAGAUCCUGCAAACAGCCUAUUUCUAGCUCCAUUUUUAAGAAUUCUGAGAUUGAGUGGUCAUUACUUUACAGAAAAUGUUGUAUUUAAGGCUCAUGAUGAAAUUUCUUCAAUCUAUCUUUUGGAAAGGAGCUAAAUCUGCUCCAUGUUACAGUUUGAAGAUAUUUUUUUUAUUUGUAACUUGGAAGAUGUUUACAAAAGCUGGAGGAAAAGCUGAGCUUGUGAUAUUUUUGGGAAUCUCAACAACUAAGUCAAAGUUAGGCAAAACGAAGAAAAGAAAUGUUGCAAAGAGAAAGGAAGUAUUCCUCAAGAUAAGGUGAUCAUUUAUCACAAGGCACAUAGUUCUUUACAGUCUGGCACAGUAACAUUAUUAAAAAAAGGUUUAUCCUUAUGUGAACAGUUGGAUUCACUUGGUUUCUCAAAACAACAAAGGGAAUUUUCUCCAGUUAACGAAAUGUUCAAUUUAGCAUGUAAAGUACAGCCCCUUCACAGCUUUUUAUGUACCACAAGCUUAACUUCUAAAACCUUGUAAAAGUAAACACAGAACAAUGCAACAGAAAAAAUUAAGAAGAAUUUAUUUUGGAGAUUUUCCAGUUGAUAUUAUUCCCCAAUCUCUCCACAGUGAGAGAAAAUGUUUCUACAAAUGCGAAAACAAAUAAUAAUUAGCAAUUAAAACAAUUAUAUUCCCAAGUGGCCUAAAACUUUGCACAGCUGUUUAUCAGCGUGUUAGAACAAAAUAUGCUCACUAAUGAGAGGCCCUCGGAGGGACUAGAAGAGCCUGCCAACCCCCUCCAGCUCAAGGGUCCUUUGUUUCAAAAUGUGGUUAAUCUUAAAGCGAUGCCGUUGGCAACAAAAUGUAAUAGAAAUGGUGGUGGAGUUCAUUUCUAUUUACCUUGUACCAUAAGAAGGACACAUUUGAUCUUCCACCAUAAAGUUUAUCCAAAAAAUCUCUGAUGAUGACGCUGAACUCACACAGAAAGUGAGGCUGAUGAUCGGCAGUUUCCAUAUUAACAUACUGUUAGUAUAGCAACAGUUUUUCAGCUUUCAUCAUGAGGACAAACUUAACAGACCGAGUAAAGACGUUAAUGUUUAUCUCAGAAACCUUGUGAUAGCUGGGUUUAAUUUCAGAAAUGGACGUAAAACAUUUUAUAUAGCCUAGUUGAAAGGUUGAGGGCUGUCCAGUUUUUUGUAACGCUGAAGCUCAUCAUACCUUAUAUUACCUUCUUUAAGGCCUAUUGAACUUUAUUGCAGCAGCAUACGUUCCUCCCAGCACUGCUCUCGCAUUUCUGCAUCGCUGUGUAAAAUCCGGCAAAAAACCCUCUCAUCUGGGAUAAAUAAACCAUUUAUAAGUGGGUUUAUUGUUUAAAAAAAGUGAUAUUCCAGAUAAAUGUGAAAUGCAUGUUCGCUUCAGAAUUCAGCCACAAGAUGGCAGCAGAUACAUUUAAAUAAAAGAGAGACAGCCUGAGCUGACUGUCGGCAAGAGGGAGGAAAGGUGUUUUCUUCUCUUAUUUCUUUAAUCAUAACUCUGAAAGUGUAUAUAUCAAACAAAUAUAUCACGAUGCAUCUCAGCACUUUAAAAGCUUGUGUGGAGGAAUUAAAUGUUUCAGGGUGAACGAAGGAUUACCUUGUUAAGAGUUGUUGACGUUUGGCCUGUUAUUUAUUGUUGCUGGGUUAAAAAAAAAAAAAAGUGAAUUAACAAUGUUAUCUACAAUGUUUAUUGUCAAGGAAGUCAGAAAUAAACGAUUUACUUCCAUAAACUGCUUGUGAAUUUAA